AUGUUCAACCAAAGCAGCGAGACUUAUGAUCUGAAACUCGACCAGGCAUGCAUUUUUCUCCAAGAUAGAAUCAAAACUUCCAUCAAUGGAACAUUCCAUGUCAACCUACCACACAAGAACUCCUUUAAGAGUAUCCAAGUCAAGCUAGUGGGAAUAUUGAAAAUUCCACGAGAUGACUACCUCAUUCGCAACGACCGCCAACUCAUAACAUCCAUCUCACAUCAAUCGAUCGGCGCAUCUAAAACUCUCAACUCUUUCCAACUCCCCGCGGGAAACUACGAAUUCCCCUUCAACAUCCCACUAGCUGGGAGAAUCCUCGAGACCGUCACUGGUCAGCGCCACAUGUACCACACCUAUCACGUCCAAGCCAUAGUCGAACGCCGCUUCAAAGCAGACUCAGUCGUCUCCCGACCAAUUCGAGUCUACCGCUACCCUCACCUAUCGACCGAGCCUCAGACAACAUCAAUACCUACGACAAUCGAAAGACAAUCCGGCCAAGAAAUGCAAUAUUGUAUCUCAAUUCCAGAAUCAAAUAUCCCCUUCGGAAGCAAAUUUCAAGCGAAAUGUUAUUUCUCCCCUUUAUCGAAGAAUCUCAGCCUGAAGACGAUCUCGGUGUCAGUCUUGGAAAAGCACAGUCUACAAAUUGACGCAACAGCAGCGGAAUCAGCAAUGCACGGCAUUCUUAAAUUGAAUUCGAAUCGAACAUCUACGAUCUUUGAAGCCGAGCACGAUUUUUCGAAUCAAAUACCCGACACUUCAUUAAUAGAGAUUGACGGUGGAGAUGGCGAUAUACCCUCUGCGGAGUGGCCUUUAAGUCUGCCAGUGCAAUUACCUGAGAGUUUCGACUUUGCUUCACAAUCUGUUUCAACUAGUAUCAUCCGCAUAUCCCAUGAACUGGUCAUACAGGCGCAUUUCCAGAAUACCGAGACAAACACACCGAUUCUGAUCCAGGAACGAAUUCCUUUCUCGAUUUACAUGACACCCGCAGUCAUUGGGGACGAUGGAACAAUCUAUGGCCAAGAUCUUGAAUGCUUCCAGUCAUAUGAAAAUGCGCCUCCAGCCUACGGUCGACAUAAGUGUGAUGCGAUUCCGGUGGAAUGGUUUGGCUAUCUUAACCAGCUCAGCGCAGAAAGGGCACGAAUGUCGAGUGAACAGUGCUUUCAGCCAGCCAUCGGCAGUGUAUCGUGUGUUCCAAUUGCUGGUGUAUCUUUGGAGACCGAACCACCUGCUUACCAGUUUUGUUCUACUUGA